AUGUUACCGCCGAUCCCGGAACCCCAGGAUUACGAUGUCUCACCACUUCAUGGCUUCCUGCCCGAAACCCUUCCUCUAACCAGGCUCCCGGACCCCUACUAUAACAAGUGGGAGGCAAUCGUUGGUAACCUCCAGGCCCUUAUCCUGAGUCGUCGACUACGUGUUGUCAUCCAUAACCUGCCGGUCCUUUCAACCAUAGGUCUUGAGCAUGAGACAGAAUGGCGUCGCGCCUACUCACUCCUUUGCUUCAUGCUGCAUGGGUAUAUUUGGGUUGAUGAUGUACCAGCCGAAAAGAUUCCCGAGUCGAUUUCGGUGCCUUUGCUAGAGAUAUCCCGCCACCUCGAAGUCCCACCUGUUGCUACAUACGCGGCAGUGUGUCUUUGGAAUUUUAAGCCUCUCUUUCUCGACGAGGACAUUGAUAACCUUGAGAACUUGGCAACACUCAGCACCUUUACUGGCUCCACGGACGAAUCCUGGUUCUACCUCGUUUCAGUUGCCAUCGAGGGGCGCGGCGGCCCCAUCAUCCCUUUGAUGCUCACUGCAAUGGACUCAGCCCGACAACGUGACACCCUGAUGGUCACCCACUGCCUUUGCGGGUUUGCAGAACGCUUGGCCGACUUGACAAACCUUCUGCAGCGAAUGCAUGAACGGUGUGACCCGAUCGUCUUCUACCACCGUAUUCGCCCCUUCCUUGCGGGUAGUAAGAACAUGGCCGAAGCUGGCCUGCCCAAUGGGGUACUGUAUGAGGAUGGGAGUGGGAAUGAAGAGUUCCACCAGUAUAGUGGAGGGAGCAAUGCGCAGAGCAGCUUGAUCCAGUUCUUCGACAUUGCGCUCGGAAUUGAACACCUCCCUACAGGAGAGAAGCACCAGGCUAAAUCUGGCUCUGCUCCAAACCCUUCUCAACGCAACAAUUUCAUCAGGGAUAUGAGGCGCUAUAUGCCUGGACCCCAUGCGAGGUUCCUCGAGGAUGUUUCUCGUGUCGCCAACAUCAGGGAAUUCGUCGAGGAGAGUCGAGAUACCCAGCUCUCUGUUGCUUAUGAUGCUUGUCUAGCCAUGUUAAGCGCUUUCCGUGACAAACACAUUGCCAUCGUCACACGAUACAUCAUCACACCGUCCCGCCAAGUCCGAGCACGCAGCCGUUCGCGUAGUCCCGAGGUGGCAAGGCAAAAGAACAAUAUCGCCACUGCUGGACACAAGAAUCAGGGCCAAGGUCAGAGGGGAACAGGUGGCACGGCUCUUAUUCCGUUCCUCAAACAGGCGCGGGAUGAGACGGGCAAUCCCGCCAUCGAAGAAUGGUCUAGGCGAUUCAUGAAGCGACAGGUUGUGUUCCAGGGUGACGGCGACUUUUUCAAGGGGAAGCCCGAGUACAGUGGACCUGUUGAGAUGGAAGAUGUCGAAGUCAAGGGAUUGGCUGGUGAUUGGACUAUGGACGAUGAAGUUGGGGGCAUAUGCCACUAUUGA